AGAACAUUGUUGAACUACGAGUAGACACAAGAUCACAUCACGACCCUCUCUCCAUUUAACGACGCUAUCGCUUCAAGUCCUCAAUGAUGUUCGGCAGUAACAAGUUUCUCUUGCUGGUUGUCGGUAUUGCAGCCGUCUCUAGUGGCACUCUCGCCGAGCAAGAGGUGGCCGAAACCUACGGUGGUGGCGGUGGUCUCCCCGGUAUGAGCGGCGGGCUUCCCGGUAUGAGCGGUGGUCUUCCCGGCAUGAGCGGUGGUCUUCCUGGCAUGAGCGGUGGUGGUCUGUCUGACCUCACCAAGAUGAUGCCCGGUAUGGGUGGGACGGGUACCGGAGCCAGCGGCGGGCUUCCCGGAAUGAGUGGUGGUCUAUCAAGCCUCACCAAAAUGAUGCCUGGUGGCGGCGGAACUGGAAUGAGCGGUGGUUUGCCUGGAAUGGGUGGCGGUCUGUCGGGUCUCAGCAAAAUGAUCCCUGGUGCCAGCAGUACUGGAGGUGGUCUUCCGAGUUUCAGCAACAUGAUCCCUGGAAUGGGCGGGGCGGGAACUAGCGGCGGCCUCUCUGGGUUGAGCAACAUGAUCCCGGGCGCCGGAGGCAGUACGUCCUACGGACCAGGAACUGUUCAUUCACCAGGCACCGGCACUGGCACUUCUGGAGCGACGAGUACCGGGGUCGGUGCUUUCGGCACAACUACGCCUGGCACUCCAGCGAGCGGUGGUACAACAGGUUCUGCUAAAACUGCCAGCUCGUCGGCCGGCACCGCUCCCGGCAUAACAAGUACCGGAACCGGAACCGGUGGGACGGGUGCGAGUGGAACACCGUCAACGAAGACGUACCGCAGUCUACGCUCUGUGUAG